GAUAAUGUCAUUCCAGGGGGAUCGUGGUUAAAGCCUCUCUUUUCUGGCUCUCAGGUAUAUAAAGAGGAAGCUUGUUGUAAAGCGGAGACAAAGCAACUUUGGAAACAUUCAUUCCCCUCAAUACAGUUCCAUCGCGACUUUUUGUUCUCUCCCCCGUUCCUGCUUCGUCUCCUUUUCCCGAGGACUCGGGGCCUGAGCAGAUUCAUCUCUCCCUACCCGAGCAAUAUAUCCGAAACUAGACCGAGCUCUCUCCUCACUAUGGAUAUCGCCAUCCAGCACCCCUGGUUCAGACGCGCCCUGGGCUCCGUCUACCCGGCCCGACUCUUUGACCAGUUUUUCGGAGAGGGAAUGUUCGACUACGAUCUCUUCCCCUACACCGCCUCCACCAUCAGCCCCUACUACAGACAGUCGCUUUUCCGAAACUUCCUGGAUUCCUCCAACUCCGGCAUCUCUGAGGUGAGGUCCGACAGGGACAAGUUCACCGUCUACCUGGAUGUCAAGCACUUCUCCCCUGAAGAGCUCAAUGUAAAAGUGACCGAUGAUUAUUUGGAGAUCCAGGGCAAACACGGAGAAAGACAGGAUGAUCAUGGUUACAUCUCUCGGGAGUUCCAUCGCCGCUACCGCCUCCCCUCCAGCGUGGACCAAUCGGCGAUCACUUGCAGCCUGUCGGCCGACGGCCUGCUGACUCUGACGGGGCCAAAGGUCACCGGCGGGAGUGAAUCCGGCCGCAGUGACCGCAACAUCCCCGUCACCCGCGACGACAAGCCCAACGCUGCCGCGUCAUCCUAGAGAAUGACAGGCUAUACGAGAGGUCAGCCCCCAAGGAAAACCUGCAUCUUCUGGGAUUAGACCACCAUUUAAUUCUUCUUCUCUAUUUUCCUGAGAGGAUAUUUGUGUCCUCCUCACUUUGCUAUCCGUAGUUUUUUUUUUUUUAGUACACUCAUAAAGAAUGAUCAGUAUCAUCUUUUGAGUAUAACAAAAAUAAGCCUACUUAAUAAGUGAGGGUAACAUUAGUUUCUAAGGAUAAAUACUCAUUGAAGGACAAGACAUUCACCAGAUUAGAUACUUCCUUCUGCUGGUUGUUGUUACAUAUCAGAGCGAGCCCUCUGAACGCAGAGUAAAUUGGGAUUAAGCUUGUAGAUAAACGUCUUUCAUGUCUUUGUCCCAAUGAUUCCAUCGAUGAAGCUUCACCGAGGUCACAGCUGCUGUUGCUAUGCCGACUGUGAACCCUCUCUUUUGUAUCAUGUGGUAGAGUGUAGGAUGUGUUCACUGUACACCCGCUCAAAAACUGAGAGGUCCACAGGAAAACGAAAAAACCACACAAUAAAGGUGUCAAAUGAA